AUGGUCCAAGGGAAGGCGAUUGUUGCGAAUAGAUAUGGUUUCAAAAAGUCAUUUGGCAACGAUGAUAAUCCCGUUUUCAAUGUCAUGGACUAUAGAGCCAUUGGAGAUGGCAUCGCAGAAGACUACCAAGAUUUUCUAGAUGCAUGGACAACGAUGUGCAAUACAGCCGGAACUAAUGCAAUCCUUUUCGUACCAAAGGGAAAAACGUUCUUAGUGAGUCGUAUAAGCUUCAUUGGUACUUGCACAGUACAAAAACCAUUUAAACAGGUUGAUGGGGAUAUUGUUGCACCCACAAGGGAUGGUUGGAACGGUGGAAAUCCUCGACCCACUGAUACUUGGAUAACAUUCAACAAUAUGAAUGGUCUAACAAUAAAUGGAUCAGGUCGAAUCGACGGUCGAGGUUCAGAUUGGUGGGAUCUACCUGAUAAAGACAGACCAUCGGCAUUAACAUUGCAAAAUUGUAAUAAUUGUCAAUUGAGCUGGUUGACGCAUGUGAAUAGCCAAAGAAAUCACAUUUCCAUAUGUGAUUCUAAUAACGUGGUGAUUUCUCACAUAAACAUAAUUGCUCUUGAAGACAGUCAUAAAACUGAUGCCUUUUUAAAUGCGAUCACAUUUAGAAAGGUAUUAACUUAUUUUCUUGUAAGCUCAGGUGAUGAUUGUGUUGCUAUCAAUGGAGGAUGCAAGUUUAUCAAUAUUACCGACGUGAAUUGCGGUCCUGGACAUGGCAUAAGUAUUGGAAGCUUAGAAGCUAAUGGAAGAGAGGACACAGUUGAAGAAAUGCAUGUUCAAAAUGUUCAUUUUACUGGAACUAUGGAUGGAGCAAGAAUCAAGACAUAG